GAGGUUGGCUUAUUAUCUCAUGCAGGAGCCCGGACAGUUGGAUAGGUCCUCCCACCGGUGUCUGCCUAUUUAUACGGUUAGAAACGCAGCCGUGGGUUGUGAUAACAGGACGCGACGGGGACAUAGCGAGAUACAUCACAGUGCGUGCGUGUGAGUCAGCUGAUGAUGGUGGAUGGAGACAGGAUCUAAGCUAACAUGAGACAACAACAACAUUGGCAGACACAAAGACAGCAAGCCGUGUCGGCUCUGGCCCAGGCUGCAGCCAUGCCUCUUCUGGAAGAGACCACUCUGCCACAAGAUCAGCCACCCACUGUCCCUGUGGUCAUCAUAGGAAAUGGCCCAUCAGGUAUCUGUCUGUCCUACCUGCUGAGUGGACACAAGCCCUACCUAGAUACAGCAACUGUUCACCCGAACCCAAUAAUAUACAGGAAACUGCAGGAGACAAAGCACCUAUCCAUCACUGAACAGGAUCUGGAAUAUUUGAGUGAAGGUCUUGAGGGGAGGUCAAGGAACCCUGUGGCUGUGCUUUUUGAUACACUUCUGCACCCCAAUGCUGACUUUGGCUACGAGUUCCCCCCUGUCCUUCAGUGGCGUAGGGACAAGCAGCACCACAUCCCUCAUCUGGUGCUGGGGAGGGCAACGCCUGGAGGUGCUUGGCAUGCAAUGGAAGGCUCCAUGCUGACUAUUAGUCUUGGCAUCUGGAUGGAGCUUCCAGGGGUUAACUACAGGGACUUGACCAACGGGAAACGCAGGGAUGCCACCAGUGACAGAGCCACCCCAGAAGAGAUCUCAUCCUAUUACCGUAACUAUGUGAAGCUUAAGGGCCUCCAAAAGAAUUUUGUUGACAACACCUACGUGACCUCUGUCCAGAAACUCUACCGGGGGCACGAGGGAGGUCUGGAAAAUGGGCACACUGAUCAAGGAGAUGGAGGGGUGGGAGAUGGUGGGAAUGAAGGCUUUGAGGGAAAUGGAGUUGAGUGUCUAAACAAUGGAGGAGGGGGGGCUCUCUGGGAAGUAAGGGGAUACCAGCAGGUGCAGAACGACACUCAUGUGCCCUUCUCUUUGUUUGCUGAGAACGUAGUUCUGGCCACCGGUGCAUCUGAUUCACCGGUUCGAUUAGGUGCAGAGGGUGAGGACCUACCAUUUGUAUUCCACAGCAUCUCCGAUCUGGGCUUGGCGGUCAGCCGUAGAAAACUGGAUAUGAACUCCGAUCCGGUUUUGAUCGUAGGUGCUGGUUUAAGUGCUGCAGAUGCAGUUCUGUGCGCUUGUAACAGCAACAUCAGAGUGCUGCAUGUCUUUCGUAAGAGCGUAGACGACCCAGAACUUAUAUUCAAACAGCUGCCCAAGACCUUGUACCCAGAGUACCACAAAGUCUACAACAUGAUGUGCUCUCAAACCUACACAAAUGUGGCUCCCUCCUCUGCUUUAAACAGACCCCAGGCAGUAAGUAUCGCCUCUUCAGUAUGUGCCAAGAUGUGCCCAAAGCCCCAACUUGCUGCAAGUAACAUGGCUGGUAAUACCAAUGUCAGCCUGUUUCCUGACUACACUAGUUUCCCCGAACACUGCGUGGUGUCCUUCCAGUCUGACAUGAAGUGUUUGUUGCAGGGGAACAACUCCCUCAAGGCCUUCAAGAUCUCCAUGGCCCUAGUGCUGAUUGGGACCAACCCAAACUUGUUUUUUCUGAAGGGGCAGGGCCAGUACCUGGGUCAGGAUCCAACAAAACCCAUCUCCUGCACGCAGAACCCGAUUGACAUCCACCCCUACACUUUUGAGUGUACCAAGGAGCCAGGUCUGUUUGCAAUGGGCCCGCUGGUGGGAGACAACUUUGUUCGCUUUUUGAAGGGUGGUGCUUUAGGCAUUGCCUCGUGUCUGCUGAAGAGACUCAAGAAGAAAGGGAAGCUCAUCAGCAAUGAAGAGAAUAACUUUAUUUGAAAACAUGAUUAAGAAAAGAGCCGUACACGUUGGUCGUAGAGCAGAUUUCAAGCACUCCUACCAACUCAUGUAAAAGAUGAAGGGGAAAACAAGAGUUUGUUUUAAUCAUUUAGGCAGUGUUUUCUCAUCAAAGCUAAGGCAUUUUUACAACUUUCUGAGACUGAAAAGAAAAUGGAUGUACACUAAUUAGUUUCUAAAGAAACAAAACACAGCUUUCAAAAAUCUUGUUUGACUCCAUAAGAAGUCCCCAGAAGUCCAAGCUACCAUGUGCCAAUGUUUUCUAGUCAAUCUGUACCUCACAACUGAAUGGGACCUUAUUUUCAUCAGGGUUAUUUAUUCGUUCACCAUGUGUCUUUCAAUCCAUUUACUAACAACCGUUUAAAUUGGUGUCAUAUCAUAUCACACUUUAAGUCGUAUUUCAGCUUUUAGUUGUACAACCGGGAGUGGUGAGUGUUAGUUAUAGUGGACGCACACAAGAUUUAUCUUGGAAUGUGUAAACCAACAAGUUCAUGGCUAAGCAAUCUUGAUGUUCCUGAUUAUUCUGAGCCUGCCUUUUUAACUUCAGAGGAUUCUUUGUUUAGCUGCUAUUGUAGGUAGUUGGAGCCAUAUACAUAAAAGAAAGAAAAGUCUUUAAAAUCUGAACUGUUGCUUUGGUUAUAGUGCGACUGAAAGGCUUUCUUGGAUCACGACUGGCAGACCAUGCUCUGAUAGGCAAGAAGUCGGUUUGAUUGCAUUCAGGCUCGAUUGCCUAUCCUGUCCUGGGUAGCCCGGAUGUUGCUAUGUGAAUUAUUUCAUCUUGAAUUUUUGGAUCUGAAUUUGAGCAACCUGAAUCAAUCUUUUUGAAAUUUGGAAACUUGAAUUUUUGGAUCUGAUGAUUUGUGAUCAUUGAAAAAAUAUAUAUUUAAAUUCAGCUUUUGAAAUUGCAAAUCAAAAAAAUUCAUAUUUUAAUUUCAAAGAGGUAAAUUCAGAACAAAUUCAGAUACAUGACUUUCAAAUUAAUAUAAUUCAAUAUUACAUAUUCAGUGGCUGUUAAAAUUCAAAUAAUUAUGUCUCUUAUUUGCUUCCAUAUUCUUUGCAAAUAAUUUCACUUGCAGAUCUGAAUGUAUUCUUGGACACCAAUUGCUACGUUUGAAUUCCUGGCAAAAGAUAUGGUAAUUAAAGGAUCAUUCUGGUGUUUAACAUUUUCUUCUUUUUUAUUAAUUUCCAGUAUGGACAACUUCAGAAGAACGGUAAACAUCUUGGCAGAUUUUAUUUUUGUUUAGAUUUACAUUCAAAACAGUAACACCAAUAAUGAUGCUUUUUAUUUUAUUAUUUUCCAGAAAGAUAGUGAACUUUCUCCAUUUGGCAGCCAACUUUCCAUUCUGAGACUUGUAAACUUUUCAUCAAAUCAACCCAUUCUUUAGACAAAAUAAACAUGGGCAUGGUGUUUACCAAGAUGGAUCUCUAGCGGUACAAGAAAGAAUAUAAAAUAGGAUAAAACAAGAAAUACCAGUAUGGUCCUUUAAACUUAACAACUGCCAAUUACAUCAUGACAAAAAUAUAGUGAAAACGUAACACUAUUCUUGCCAUAGCAAUACAUUUAUUUAAACGCAACAAUUACAACACUUUGUGCACAUUUUCUUGUUCUUUUCGCCAGUCACACAUGAAGAGAACAGGCUUUCAAAAAAAAGAACAGAAAAGCACACUUGCAGAAAACCCAUUUUUACAAUCAUACAAUCUAAAUAAUUUUAUAUUUUUAGCAAACCAAAUCUUAGUAUCCUCUUUGUAUUUUUUAUAAUUACAUAGUGCCAUUUUUAGCAUGUUGUGGUUAUCUUCAUGAAGGCUAAUAUCUAAGCUCCAUCUUAGAACUAUUCAAUCUACCUGACUGGGCAAUAUGUAAAUUACUUAUUGUCUAUGACCGUAGCCAUAUCAUGUUUCUCUUAAUAGUGUGAAACAUGGCACACAGCUUUGUUUACUUAACACUACAUAGGAAUUGCCAAGUCAGACUUCUUCCAUAACUAUUUCUGAAAUACACCAAAGCAGGUGAUUUCCUAAACAUGAUCAAUAUGAGGACUUACAUUUUUUUCCACAUCGCCAAACUCUACAUGUGUGUAUAUAAAAAAUUCUUCUUCCAUUUUUUAAUACGGCUUCGAAGCAAACAGCCAAUAUUGUUUUGUUAAGUGUCAAAUAAGAGAGCGGAGCAAUCUAUUUUUCAUUUUUACUGUAGUUUCUUUCAUCAAUCACUGUCUGCAAGAGUGUGAUGCCAUAUGCAUAAUUUGUUUUGUGUGCUGCACAACUCAUGGUUUGUUUAUUGUGAUGUGACACUUUGAUCCCUGUGUAGGGAAUUUUUUCUUCCGCCUCCUUCAAUACAAUAUGGUAGUCAGUGUUGGGGGUAAUUACUAAAAUAAAACGCUACUGUAGUCACAUUACUUUUUCCACUAACAAAGUUAAUAGUUUAACAAAUUACUGUAUAAGUUUUAGUAAUCCUAUUGAGCUAGUGGAAAUGUUAUUACUUGUGUUAAAUAUUGAACUUUAGCAGAAUUAUGCCUUGAUGCUUUUUUCACUGACUUCUGAAUAUUGUUUUGAUAUGAAUAUUAAUUAUAUAAUAAUAAUUAUAAUAAUGAUCCAUUGCCUAGCAGCAGCUGCUGUGAGCAGAAGACAUAAACGUGCUAUAAGAACAGAUGUGGAAAGAGUACAUUUAAGGACUGCAGAGACUUGGUGACUUAAAAGUCGAGAUAACUCGUAUUAUUGGUUUGAAUUUACUUAAAAAGGAAAAAAAAAAUAUAUGACCCUGGGCACAUCAGGUUGGACACAACUGUCCACCGCUUUCAAUUCCGAGAGCAAUCGGCUUGCUUAAUUAAGCACCAACAGGUUUAUUGUGUGUCCAUCCAUUACUUUACAUUUUAGUACAGAUUUGUAUGAAUUUUAGAAAGCAACUUGCAAGUACUCCGUAUAAUAAGCAAAAUAAUCCCAUUGCAAUUUAAGAAAAAGAACUGUGUUUAAACUUCCACAAUACAUGCUGAAUAUGAAUGGACAGAUGGGCUUCAACUAUCUGCACAGAAAGGCCCAUAAAUGUUUUGGCAUGAUGACAGUUUCAGAUCUGUAAAAGUGCCUGCAGGCUCAUCGCAGAUGAAGAUUAAGAAACAGCAACUUCAAUCCCUCUAAGUUUCUAGUUCAGCUAAAACCAGGAAACAAAUUUGGUCUUAACUUUAAAAACAAGGAAUAGCUGCUUUCAGCAUGUAGAGUUGAAAUGCUCUCUUGUACAAUUGAAGAAUUU